AUGGGGCCUGGCUGCUUCGGGGCCCCGGGGGCGUGCAGGGCAGGAGCCGCGGCGCGAGGCCCGCGCGAAAGGGCCCCCCGGGCCGCCGGCAGGGGAUGGCGCCCAGCCCCGCCGGCGCUCGCGCGGCCCGCGCUAGCGGGGCCCGCGGGCGGGGCGCGGCAUGCGCAGACGGAGCGGGACUUCUACUACACGGAGGAGGUGGAGUACAAGAAGACGGAGCGGCUGCACGCGCUGCACGGGAGCAGUCCGGUGAGGCUCGCCGUGGAGCACAUGAGGAUCUACCACGCGUGGUACUUGGAGCGCAACGACAAGCAGGCCACGGUGUGGCAGAAGAAGUCGGGCAAGGUGGUUCUGGCGGUCCUGGUCUGUGGCGCCGGGGAGAGGACCACCGUUUUCAAGGGGAUGAACUUCGAACUGUCGCUGCCUACAGGGUCGCGCUGUGCUGAACAGGUCGCGAUAGGGUCUGCAGCCGCAGAGGGCUUCUGGCCCGAGGACAUGCGUGCCGUUGCCAUACUCGACCCUGUGGGCGGUAAUAACCCUCUCGGCCCUUGUGGUGUGUGCAAAGAGAUGCUUCAGAAGAUACAGAGGGUCAGCACUGACUUCUGUCUCAUUCAGUUCCCCGAGUUUGAAGCCGAGGGGUUCGACAUGAUAACCACCUGGUUCCCGGGCGGGCAGGUCUUGCACAGAGAGCGCAACAAGUUGCCGAGGGAGCUCAUGCGCUGGACAUGUUUCUUCUGCGGGUCCGGAGAGAACACGUCGAAGACCGACUGGUGCCAAGGCUGCAAGGAGCAGACUCGCAACAGGGAGCCCGGGGACAACAACAGGCAGUUGUUGUUGGCCAUGCUCCCACUGAGGGCGACUUGCCCCCACACGCAGCAACAGUAUGUCGAACUGUCGCAGGUAAUCACGGACCCGAGCGCCGCGAUCGCGAGCACGAAGUGGUACAGGCGGGUGUCCCAGAGGUACCCCAAGCG